CUCGAAACUUCCGCCGAGGUAUUAAGCUUCCGUCGCGCGUUGGGAGGUGGUGUUCAGCUUUGGGUUGGCUGGAUUUUGUGGAGUCGGAAAGCUCCGACCACCGUUCGAAUUGGUUGAUAGAACGUGAGGGAGUUUGGAAUCGUCCGGGCUACUUUCAAAUCAAGCACAGAGUGAACGGCUGAAGGAUUAAAAAAUGAGCCUGCGAAAGCAAACACCCAGUGAUUUUCUAAAACAGAUCAUCGGGAGACCAGUGGUGGUCAAACUGAACUCGGGCGUGGAUUAUCGAGUUGUAUCAUUUUUGCCAGGUGUUUUGGCCUGUCUGGAUGGUUACAUGAAUAUAGCAUUGGAACAAACAGAAGAAUAUGUAAAUGGUCAACUUAAGAACAAGUAUGGAGAUGCAUUUAUUCGAGGCAACAAUGUGUUGUAUAUAAGCACACAGAAGAGGAGACUUUAGAUGAUGAUGUGCACCAAAAUGACAUGUUUUUUGAUUUUAAAAUGACAAAAAAGGGUUUAUUUUUUAAACGAGGAAAAGACAUUCUAGUACAAUAUACAAUACUUCUUUUCAAUUUUUGGCUAUCUACAAUACAUGUGAUAGUUCUUCAUAAAUGAAGAUGAUUGAUUUACAUUUUCUUGAAGCCUUUCUUUGGUCAUUUUUCAGAAAUGGAUAAUGGCUGUAAUGUAAUAUAUAAAACCUGAAGAUUAAUUAAGGCAAACACUGGCCUGUUUUGGAAACCCUGUGUACAUUUAAAGCUAACUACCUGCUUAGGGAAAAGUGACCUAAUUGCUGACAAUGUUGUGAAUAAAGGAUUUGAUGUAUGUGUCUCA